CCGCGCGUAUCCACGCGCCGUGCACGCAGUACAACACGUGUGAGUGGAUUCGUUAUUCCUGUAACUUUUUCUGUUUCCAGUAUCCAAAUAUUCCACCAAAUUAACACAAAUCAACAAAUAUGAGUGCAGACAGUACAGCAGAGGUAGCAGUAGAGCAGGCUCCUGAGGAGACCCCUGAAGCAGUGACAGAUGGAGGUGACGCUACACAAGCAGAAGAGAAGAUGGAGGAAUCAACAUCAGCUCCAUCAGAAGAAACAACAGAAGGUACAACAGAAGCUGCAUCAGAAGGUUCAACAGAAGCUAAGAAAGAAACGGGUAUGUCAGGGACCGUAGCAAAGCACUACAAUGAUCUAAGAGAAGGAACAUUGUUCGACAGAGCCAGGAGCAGGAUUUACUACCAACGAAAUUUCAAUAACUGGAUAAAGAGUAUGAUCAUCGCAAACUCACUGAAGGCUGUUAACAGAAAGAAAGGUUGUACAGUACUUGAUCUUUGCUGCGGGAAAGGAGGAGAUCUUCUCAAAUGGACCAAAGGAAACCUCAAGAAAUUAGUCUGUGCAGAUAUCGCAGCUGUGUCAGUACAGCAGUGUCAGAAGAGAUACAGAGACAUGGCAGACAGGAAUAGACGUACUGGUAAUGCAAAGACCUUUGCAGCAGAAUUCAUUGCAGCAGAUUGUGCUGAGGUGAUUUUAUCAGAACGCUACCAAGACAAAGACAUCGUCUUUGACCUUUGCAGCUGUCAGUUUUCCUUCCAUUACUCAUUUGAGACUGCUGCCAGGGCAAGGACUAUGCUCAGGAACGCCUGUGAGAGACUGCGACCCGGUGGAUACUUUGUCGGAACCAUUCCUAAUGGAUACGAGCUUGUAUCAAGGUUAAAAGCGAGUGAAGAUCUGUCAUUCGGCAAUGAUGUGUACAAGGUCACCUUUGAGAACAAAGAUUCUUUCCCUCUCUUUGGAUGCAAGUAUGAUUUCCAUCUUGAGGGUGUAGUAGAUUGUCCUGAGUUCUUGAUCUACUUCCCUCUCCUUGAAGAGAUGGCUAAAGAGUUCGAUAUGGAAUUAGUGUACUUCAAGAAGUUCCAGGAAGUGUAUGAAGACAAUUGUGGUGAAACAGACAACCAAGCUCUCAUGUCAAAGAUGCAAGCUCUUGAGCAAUACCCUCCUGAGAAGGGCACCCCACCUGCCAGUAAGAAAGAUGAUGACUACAGCCAUGCUGUUACCAGGCAUACAGAGGUCAUGGGUAUGGAGAAUGAAGAGAAGAAACCAACAUCCAUCGGCACCCUUUCCAAGUCCGAAUGGGAGGCAUCUAGCCUCUACUGUGCCUUCGCCUUCAAGAAAGCUGGUGACUUCGAGGAAGAGGAAGAGGAGGAGGCGGCACCUGCUGAAGAGGAGAAGAAGGAGGAGGAAGAGAAGACGGAAGAGGUUGCCAAUGGCAACGGCGACGAAGCUGCCGAAGCGGAAGGCGAAGGUGGGGAGGAGGGCGGAGCCGAGGCAGAGGCAGAAGCAGAGGCUGAAGAAGGAGGUGGAGAAGAAGAAGCUCAAUGAGUGGGGAAAGGAAUCCAUACUACCUGAUUGAUUAUGAAUACAGGAUGAGCAUCUGAAGGAAUACCACAUAAGAAAAGUAAAGUCAUCCGCAGGAUUUAAACCAAUGAAGACAUUCAGGGGAAAGGAAAUUAAAGGCAUGGUUAAAUAUGUACCUUUAAAUCAAUACUUAAUGGGCACACAGUCCUCUUUUGAGAGACAGAAGAAUUUAAAUCAUACAUUUAUAAAGGAGUUAUUGGCCUUCUGUUUCUCAACAGAGUGUGUGUUGGUUCACCUAUUCAUGUUGUAUAUUUCUCGUGUGUUUUUUUUUAUCAAGGACACCAUUGAAUUUUCAAUUUUCAUUCGUCUUGCUUUGUAGAUUUCAGUUUGUAACAUGUGAAUACUCAAUAAGAUUAUGCUCCGUUUGAGUUCAUUUUUUUUAAAAGAAAAUAAAUGCAAAUUGACAAGGUGCAGUUUGCUGAUAUAUGCCAUCCAAGCACUUGUCUCAAUUUCACUUUCAUUUAUCAUAGAAAGAUUUAUGGUGUGAUAUGAGGGCCCGUUUAGCAUGAAUGGAUGUCAAAUGAUGGAUAUAAAGUAGGAUACAUGUGAUGUUUGUCACAGAAACUUCGUAUGUUUUGAAAUUGAUCUCAUCCUUUUCAAGACCACCCCCCUUGAUGGUGUAGAAAUCUCAGCUUGCAUAGAAACUAUUAUUUUGCAUAUAUAUUUGAAUCUUACAAUUUGUCCUAAAAUAUAUUUUCAUUGGAGGUUAUUAUUUUCUCUUUUAAAAAUACACUACUGUUUUUGUAUUGAGGAGUUUUUUUUUAAUUAAAACGAAAAUUAGGAUUGUUGCAUCUUGUAUAAAAGCUAUCAUAUAAAUCCAUUUUUGUUUGUGUGUAAUGCAGAAGUCUAUAGUGUACGUAUGGUAUACUCUAUCAAUCAAGGAGGGUUUACCAUCAUUGAAUACAAGUGUGUACAUAGAAUGUAUAUGUUAAGUUGAGAAUGAUAUGCACAAUGAAUUGUUAUUGAUCCCUGUGAAGAGCUCUGAUUUCCUAAUGUUACGUACCAGCUCAGGAUUGUUGUUUUUAUUUUCCCAAAGUUGACAGGUCCUUGCAUUACAAGAUCUAUUUAUGUAAGGUGUGUCAUUCUCCCAGCCUCAUUAACACCAUUUGAGCCUCAGUUUAUUACCAUCCCAUAGAAAUUUGCGUUUAACGAUUAUUCGUGUUUCUGUCAGUUUCCGAGAAUUAAGGCUCUUCAUGAUUUUGUGAAAUAGGUCCCGAGCGGGAUGUUUCACAUAUUAACUUAAGUGUAACAUAAGCAUGUGUCUCCUCAGAUGCAUUGGCUAGUGCGGAUGUGGUAUUAUAACCUGCAUAACAAGAAGUCAAGAGCGACUUUACCUCACACUUAAAUCUUUGUGAAAUAUUCCAUGGGUUUCCAGUUUAGAUACAAUUCUGCAAUACUAUGCAUCUUAGAUGGCAUUCACCUUCAAAUAGGCAAAGCAUGGGAGAUUUCAGACACGCCAAACAUACCUACUUAAAAUGUGUAAAGGAAAUGGAUAGAUUGCAGUUGUGUUUAUAUAGUCCCACCUAUUCUUUAUCUUGUUAUCAGUGAACCAGAUUGGUUUGUAUUAUGUUUUCAUCUGUCCAUGUAAUUCAGAAGUAGAACUGGGGACCAUUCCAUGAAAGUUGUCAGCACUGACAGGUUGUCGACGGUUACCAUGUAUUUACAGUCUAAAACCUACACUUCUUGGCCAUUCAAAACCAAGAGAAGAUGUCAUGGUCCCGUCUUACAAAGAGUUAAACUUGAUGCAAUCAACCUCAAUUCCAUGGAAUUCCAUCAUCAUAAUAUUUUCUCCAAGAAAUUUGAACAAUGUCCUUUGUAAACAAAUUGAAGCACACUGAAUCGUCAAGAAAACCAUGAAUGUAUGAAUAUGCAUUAUAGUUAGAAACUAUUUUUAACAAACAUGCAUAAUAAGUAUUGAUGUUGCUGGCUUUCCAUAGUUUUGGUUGAUUGGAUCAAUUGCAACUAUUUGUAAGACGGGGCCCAGAUCUGAUAAUGUUGAUGAAACAGAACGUUCCCCAUAUGCAAGCCCAUUCUAUUGGUGUUCAGACCUAAUCGGAUAAUCCAUCAUCAUCAUAAUUUUGUAAAUUUGAGGCUCUGCUUUGAUGAAUGUAUCAUCUACGGACAUCCUUCAGGUGAUCAAUGCCGUUACAUCACAACAAUAACUUCUUUGAAUAAAUAAAUUUCACACAGAUAAUAUUCACAAUCGAGUAAGAAAUCAUGAAAUGUUGUGAUCUUACCUUGAAAUUCUACAUUAUGUUUUGCUUUUUAUCAGUUUUAUACUGGGGUCCAUCGCAGAAAAAGUUGCAUUUAAACACAAGUCAAAAAAUCAAUUGCAAGUCCCAAAUGCAUGCUGUUGAUUGGUUGAAAAUCAAGUUGCGAAUGAUGUUAAGUUGUGUAUGAUUUUUAGAGUUGUGAUUGAUUGCAAUUCUUUCUGCAACUCUUCCUGCAACAGGCCCCUGGUCAGUUAAAACAAUUUUAGCCACCAUAGUGUGUUAAGACAUAAAAUGUGAUAUGUAUUUCUUUUACUAGCAUAUUCUCUGUAAGGAUGUUGGCAGGCACUCCUUGCCUGUCUUGGCUUUGCAAUAGGCUAAAUAUGCAAACCAAACCAUGCCAAUCUAUGUACAUGUAUAUUAUUACACUGUUUAAUUGGAAACACAUAGUACUUCAUGCAAUACAAGUUACAAUAUCAAGGAUUAGCUCCUGUGUGAUAUUACAUGCUACAUAUUGGAUUAUUGUACGUUGUUUCAUUGUUGUGUUUAUGGUUCAUUUUAGAUCAGUGUUAACAACGGCAUGAUUGAAACUUUUACAGACUUAUUUUUCAAAAACUUAUUUUCAGUGCCUUUCCUUGAAAGAGUGACAAACAUAUUA